AUGGUCCUGGGUGAAAAAUUCCACGCCGAGUCGGGCCCUCAAUAUUGGGACAACGUCAUCCACUUCCCCCACCUCUAUGAUGGCCUCCAGAUUGUUUGCGAUCCGUUCUUCAAGAAAAGCGCCUAUCCGUCGGUGAAGUUCCGUGGAAGGAAUGAUUCUUAUGCUGAGGUGGAGAAAGCAAAACAAAUUGACGAUCAGAUCCUAGUGGCCUCUAUCAGCAUGCUGCAAACACGACGAUACUUUGAGUACUUGGGAAAAUCAUUACUCCGAGAACGCCUGAAAUUUUCCCCCUUUAUGAUGCAAGUUGGAAAAGAUAUGAUACCGUAUCCGUUUCACGCAAGUGAGCACAGACUCUGCGUCCACAUGCGACUCAAGGAUUUUAAGAGGUCCGGGACCCUGAAAGCCUCGGAUCCGGCGUAUGCAGCUAAAGCCAUUAAGGAAAUUAUGAAAAGAGAAAAUGCGUCCUUUACAAUACUUAUUUUCUCCGACGACCCUUAUGCUGUAGCGUCGAUGGUUGCGAAUCGUAGUGAGUUUGCAGGUGAGCGAGAGAUU